AUGGGCGAGCAUAAUCUUCUUAAUCCCGGGUCCGGGUUUGUGGGACCUUUGGUAAACAUCCACACUGGAGACACAUUUUACCUCCCCAAUUUCAGAGCGUCUGGGGGACAACUGGCGGGUCUACCCUCUCUCUCCUACCCAAGAAGGGACAAUGUAUGCUCGCUCCCUUGGACCCCUUCGGAGCCGUGCAAUGGAUAUCCUCAACCCUACUUUAGCAGUCCCAUGCCCAUUAAUCCCUCUUUCAACCGUGCAUGUGAAAUCACCAGACAAGAUGAAAGCAAAUGUUUUUACAGCAACGGUGGCGGCAACAGGGAACCCUGCGCUGAAAGCGCAAUCCUCAAACGUGAAGAGAGGGCAAGAGGAGACUCCUCUUCAUCCAUAAUGACGGAGCAUGGACAGCACAACGGGAUGGGCAACAAUGGUCCAUUUUCCAAGUACGACUAUGGCGCCGAGCAGUUGACCCAAGAUCCGCCAUCCUGUCAAUCCCUAGAAUCUGACUCCAGUUCAUCGCUGCUCAAUGAAGGGAGCAAAUCUUCUGCAGGCAUCGCUCAGGCGUUGACAUCCCCUGGCAAUCACGCACUAAGCACAGAAGCCUGUGGAGGCGCCCCGUGGUAUCCAAUGCACACCCGAACCCGAAAGAAACGUAAACCCUACUCCAAACUCCAGCUGGCUGAGCUGGAAGGCGAUUUCAUGCUCAAUGAGUUCAUCACCAGACAGCGGCGGAGGGAACUCUCUGACCGCCUAAACCUCAGCGACCAACAGGUUAAAAUAUGGUUCCAGAACCGGCGUAUGAAGAAGAAGAGAUUGAUGCUUAGGGAGCAGGCCCUGUCCUUCUUCUAAAAGGGAGAGAGAGGGGAAAGAGAGAUUGUGAAGCGGAAUAUAGGCAGGCAGGCAGUAUUUUAAAUUAAACGUACUGUAUUUUGGUGUUAUCAAAUUCGAUCGCAUAGCAUGCACAGUAUGAAGUCUGAUGUCCUUAAGAAGGAGGACGCAUCUGGU